CGAUGAGGCGGAAUCAUAUGACCUGCCGUUCAUUCCUAUAGUAUAGCUGUGACACGAGCUGCACCUCUACUGCACAUUUCUCCGUCGCUCCUAGCGAGAGGAACUGACAAUGCAUCAGAUCGCUGUGGUACACUGAUAUUCUGUCGGAUAUUAAUUCAAACACCAGUCGAUAUUCUCAUUGGUCGGUAUUUACGAAACAUACGUGACAUUGCUUCCGCGAGACGAUGCCUGAAGAAAAAGCGUUUCACCAGCAGGCUGUUCACAGUCCCCAUGAACAACAGAAUGGACAGCGGCAGAGUGGCCCCAUCCCAUGUCAAAAUUGUGGCAAGCCCUGCAAAGGCGAGGUGCUCCGGGUGCAGAACAAACACUUCCACAUCAAGUGCUUUGUUUGUAAAGUUUGUGGAUGUGACUUGGCUCGGGGAGGCUUUUUUGUGCGACAGGGCGAGUAUAUCUGCACUCUGGAUUAUCAGCGCCUCUAUGGCACCUGCUGCUUCAGUUGUGAAGAGUUCAUUGAAGGAGAAGUUGUGUCCGCCCUGGGCAAGACAUACCACCCUCGCUGCUUUGUCUGUGCCAUCUGCAAACAGCCGUUUCCAGCUGGGGACCGUGUGACGUUUAAUGGAAAGGAGUGCAUUUGUGAGAAAUGCACUCAGCCAGUACCAUUCAACAGCAUGGCACCCCCACAGGCUGUACACAAUUGCUGUGGCUGUGGAAAGGAGUUUAAAAAUGAGCAAUCUCUGGUGGCAUUGGACAAGCACUGGCACCUUGGCUGCUUCAAAUGCAAAGUGUGCAACAAAGUGCUCAAUGCAGAGUAUAUCAGCAAGGAUGGCAUCCCCUAUUGUGAAGUAGAUUACCAUGCUAUGUAUGGCAUCCAGUGUGAGACCUGCAAGAAAUACAUCACUGGAAAAGUACUUGAGGCAGGAGAAAAACACUAUCAUCCCACAUGCGCCAGAUGUGCACGUUGUGACCAGAUGUUUGGGGAAGGGGAGGAGAUGUACCUGCAGGGUUCUACCAUUUGGCAUCCUCCUUGUAGACAUGCAGCACGUAUAGAGGAAAAGAGUAAGGUAACCAGAACCUCCUCUGAAAGCAUCACCUCUGCUCCUGCGUCCAAUGCAUCAGGCUCCCCUAGCAGAGUUAUCUAUGCAAAACUGGGUGAUGAACAUCUGGACUACAAGGAUCUGGCUGCUCUUCCUAAAAUCAAAGCGAUCUACAACAUUGAGAGGCCUGAUAUGCUCUCAUAUUCCCCCUAUGUGAGCUACCCUUUGGAGGACAGAACUUUUGGAGAGGGAGAUGGAGAAAAGUCACCCCGCCAGUGGAGGCCCUCCAGCCCCAGCUCCAACAGCUCUUUAGGGGGUUAUGGCCGCUAUACCCCUUCCCGCUCACCACAAACCUACAGCAGACCAGGUAGUGAAAGUGGACGAAGUACCCCCAGUCUGUCCACCUACUCUGAUGGCAAAUCUCCUUCCUCUACAUAUGUUGCUGCCCCACGCCAUUUCCACAUCCCAGAGACUAAAGUCAAAGAUAAUAUCUAUAGAAAACCCCCUAUCUACAAACAGCAUGCUUCCAGAACCUCCUGGCAAGAUGGUGAUGACAUAGACAGAAAGACCAGAACAAGUUGGAUGAACCUGAAGAGUGAGAUUGAUGGACAGUCUCCAGACAUCGACCCCAGGACCUCCACCCACAGCUUGCCCACUGAUAUGUCUCAACCCAACUUUCCAUACAACAAGUCUGCUUCGCUGCCAGGAUAUGGGCGGAAUGGCAUAUACAAGGCGGCUGAUCUUGUUGAGGAUGAUGCAGACCAUGACUCUAGCUGGGGUGGAAUGAGAGAGUACAAGGUCUACCCUUAUGAAAUGCUAGCUGUGACUCACAAAGCCCAAGUAAAAUUACCACGUGAUGUGGACCGCACCAGACUUGAGAGGCACCUGUCACCAGAGAACUUCUUCAACGUAUUUGGGAUGACCAUUGAACAGUUUGACCGUUUGGCCUUGUGGAAGAAAAAUGACCUAAAGAAGAAAGCUCGCUUGUUUUAAACCAUGCCAAAUUUUCUCUAAUAAAAGCCAAGAUAAAGAGAAAAUCUCUUUUCAUCUGUCCUGUGUGCAUGGAGGGAUGAGUAGGAGAGAAAUAUAUAUGCACCUCCAUUCUGCUGCAUAGCAACUGGCAUCCCAUAUCAUGCUGAGGAAGAGGGAGUGUGCUGGAAUGCUUUCACAAUGCUGAAACAAUGUUCACCACCUAGCUUCAUGUGUGAAUGCCACACAACAUGGUCUGAAUGUUACUCUGAUGAUGGAGAGACUGGAGUCAGAACUGAAUUCUCCUUGGCUCUCUUCGUUUUUCUCUUUGAUUGUCUCUUUGAUCUCACUCCCUUGCCUGUCUUUGUGAUUUCUUUGUUGUAUACUCUCUCUGUGGAAAAAGCACUCAAUAUAGAUAUAAGCCACUUUCUCUGCAUUUUAUACCGUUGAUAAACAUGGCCAACCAGCUCUGUCCUUAUGGCUCUAUAAAACAUACUUGUUUUUUUUUUGACUGCUGUGAAUGUUGUCCAACUUGUCCCGUCAUUCAUACUGUAUGCUUAAAGUCUCUCUCUCUAGGAUGCGAGACACUCGCAUCCUAGUGUCUCGCUGUCUUUUCCCUCUACCUGUCUCUUCCUGCAUGUCCCUCAUGAUACUCAGCCACCUCUUGGACUGUAAAAUCUAUAAGUAUUAUCAGCUUAAUGGAAGCUCAUUCAUCUAUGGCUUUAGCAUGAACAGGCCAAAGUUCCAGUCAGAGCAAGAAGUCUACUAUCUUGUGAUCAACAAAGCACCUUAUAGUUUAUAUGUUAAAUAAUAGUUACUGUUGCUGUGGGUCUCACAGCCGAACAAUACAUUAUGUAUUGGUUUGCUUUUCAGGUCAGUGUGUCCAUUAUCAUAGAUUUAUCAGAACUUUACAGUUAUUCAAUUAGACUUAAAGAGUUGUUAUUUGUUCUGAACUGAUAUCUGGACUUCACAUACUCUCACCAUACAUUGUGCAUAGUAUGUAUGUCCAUACUGUAUAUGGUCAUAUUAUUACCAUAAUCUUAUCAGAUACAUAAGCCAGACAUUGCUUUGGUCUAAUCAUAUCAUAAAUCAUAUCAUAUCAUAGCAAACCCUUCAGAAUACAGAGUUCAACCAGAUACUUAUUUACCAUUUGCCAAUAAUUGCAACAUUGAUUUUAGCAUGGAGCCAUAACAAAGAUAACAGAUUCUGGUGCAGUUAACAAUGCUAAUACAACACACCACAUAAUAAAGCUUGCAGUUCAGUGGCGCUUCAUUUAAAACCAAAUUUGAUUGCAUUUUUCUUUUGAUGAUUCUUCGUAUGUGUGCAGUAUAUUCAGUAUAUUGAUAUAAAUGUCUGUUAUACUGAACAUGUCACUCUGUAGGCAUGCACUGCAUAUUGUAAAAGCAUCUUGUAACAGCUUCAUAAGGAAUUUAACUUUAGAGUGUAAUCAUUACAUUUUGUGUGAGUGAUUUGAUUUGUUGACUUGAAAGGUCUUUUAGUUUUUAAAAGAAUGAAAGCAGUGUUUGCUUAUUCAGACAUAUUCCUAAGUUUCUUCUGUUCCAAGUUUGCUUUAGAUAUUUUACUCCAAUGAAAUCGAACUUGUUUUUUUAGUUUUCUGCUACUGCCGAUUACUCAAAAUAGGGACAUUUAGUUAUAUGAAUAUGUUACUGAAAGAUAAGAGAAACCUGAAACUGUCAGAAAAAACACAUUCAGUAAACUCAGUUUUGACUAAUGAUAACCAUGUGUAACUUGUGCCUAUCUUGUUCAAUAUCAAGAGGUUUUUUUAUUUUUCUUCUUUUUUAUUGUUGAUUGAAAUUAUGAUGAUUCUAACCAACAAAAAUGUUGCACAUAUCUAAAUGUUUCUUUUCUUUAGGCCAGAAUGUAUGCAUUCUUCAUACUGUAAAAUUUUGCCUUCACUGGUCAUACCAAAAUCAGUUGUUCUGGGGAAUAUACAGUACAGUACAGAUAAGCUUGUCUCAAACACAUGGAUGUGUUCUGGUGUAUACACGCAGUAAAUGUGUCUGAGUACGUAGGAGGGAUCCUUCCCAGAUGAACCAUAUUGAGCUGGAGGACAAAUGUGUGAGUCUUAUUUGAACAGCUGUAGAAACAUGCGCUUGUGUGUGUGUGGUGUUAGCCUUCGAUUUAACAGUCCAAUAGUUCAGACUAGGUGAGAUCAGAGUGUGUUCAGCAGUUUUCAUACUUCUGUUCUAACCCUUAAAAACAGACCCAAGUCAAGACAAAAAAAGCCUAACUGCAGGUCAUAUCUGCAUUUGCUAAAUUUUAGUUUUUCUAAAAUAUAUGGUUUGCUUUUGAAAUUUUACCUUUCAUGUAUUUUUCUCUGUGUGUCAUGCAAAUGUCCACUUAAGUAUUAGUCUCUUUGCCUGGAUGAAAGCAGCACUGUGACCCAACAGAACUCUGACCCAGCAGUUUUUGAGAGUUGUUUUCCUUAGCAGUGAUGUUGCGUACAGUAUGAAGAGAGAUUGUGCCCAGCUUUGACUGCAUUCACUAAAAUAUUUUCUUUUAUAUCUAGAAAGUUUGAGAUGUAUUUCUGAAGUUGUCUUUGUGUUAUGGUUCACAAGGUCACACCAAAGGGGUUUCCAAUGGGUGUGCUUGGUUUUGUACAAGUAUGCAAACUACAGUAAUUACUACAUAUAACUGUGAUUCUGACUGUGCAAAAGUAAUGACUUUGGGAAAUAUAAAUGCAGCCUUUUAAUCCAACAUGUCUUUGAUUUGCUUUGCAAGAAAUAUUGAUAUUAUUCUCAAUAAAUACAGCUGAUUCAAAUUAAGUGUUUUUCUGCAAAGAAAAAAGUUUCUGAACUACUCAAAUUUAAGAACUUGAAUGGAUGGAUGGAUUGAUUGUGAUUAAUUGUAUAUAAAUUUUUUUUAAAAAAGGUCCCGUUGAAUGUAUGUUAAAAACUUGCAGCUUUGGUUGCCAGAAAUUCACUGUAAAUGUUUUAGGCAUAUAUAAAAUGUCACUUUGGAACAUGUAUACUUAACAGUUCGCUACGCAUAUAUAUAUAUUAACUCAAAUGA